AGAAACUAUUAAUUUCUUUGAUAAUCAAACUAAUGAAAAUUAACAAGCUUUUUUUGGUUAUUUUUGCCGAUACAAUUUGAACUAAACUCUGCCAUGCAUUAUCAUCUAUUUGGACGCUUACGAUGAGAAAUGUAAUGAUUAAUUUUUAAAUCCUAUGGUUUUAAUUCAAAUGAAUUCUUCAAUUAUCCCUAAAAAAAAAAGAAAAGAAUGAGAAGUUUCUUUUGAACUUCUGGAUCUCGCAGUUUAAUGGGUUCGAAUCAGUUUGGUCCGAGGCCAAUCCUCAUUUGGGCGAGGUUAAGGUCCAAAUAGAGCCCACCAGGCUUAUGGGUAAUGAACAUGAUCUUUUCCCUGGUUGGAUCAGGCCACGGUAAGUAGGAAGACGGACUUGGUAGCCCAAACUUCAGGAGUUGAAGACGGGCGAGGUUAAGGUCCAAGUGGAGUUUUCCCAAUGUCCAAAACGCAAUCGGCAACCUGUCACUGUAAAUUGUAACAUCGCCGGCCGGCCAAAUCAAACACGGCACAAUGAAAGGCGUCAAAAGAACACGCAAGGGACGAAUAUGACAUACGGGCCAAAAAAAAAUUUCGUGCAGAACCGAACAAAGGGAAGGAUAUAAAACGAGCACCAACCACCAACGGGUAAUCGAUUUACUAGUAGUACUAGUGAAAAUUUGCAGAGAAAUGACAAGUGGCCGAUGGGUUUCGGCAGUUUGGAUGGUAUUCGUUCUUGUGAUCUCGGCGGCAGUAAGUAUUUGUUUUGCAGCUGAGGAGUACAGCAGAGGGGAUUUCCCGGAAGGGUUCGUAUUCGGAGCGGGAACAUCGGCGUACCAGGUUGAAGGAGCGGCGGACGAGGAUGGGCGGAGCCCCAGCGUGUGGGACACAUACGCCCGGCAGGGGUACGCCGGGGGAGCGACAGGGGAUGUCGCCGUCGACCAGUACCAUAAGUACAAGGAAGACGUCCGGCUGAUGGCUGGAAUCGGGCUGGAUUCCUACCGAUUUUCCAUCUCUUGGUCCAGGCUCAUCCCUGGUGGGAGAGGAGCUGUGAAUCCCAAAGGCGUCCAGUACUACAACAACCUCAUCAAUGAACUAAUCAGCCACGGUAUCCAGCCGCAGGUGUCGUUGUACAACUACGAUCAUCCUCAGGUUCUAGAGGACGAGUACGGAGGAUGGGUUAGCCGGAAAAUGGUGGGAGAUUUCCGAGAUUAUGCAGAGGUGUGCUUCAGGGAGUUCGGGGACAGAGUCGGUCACUGGACGACGGUAAACGAGGCCAACAUCUUCGCCUCCGGGAGCUACGAUCAAGGAAUGGCGCCUCCUCACCGAUGCUCUCCGCCAUUCGGGAUCACGAGCUGCGCUCAAGGGAAUUCCAGUACAGAGCCGUACUUGGUCCUCCACCAUAUACUUCUGGCACAUGGAUCCAUCGUCCAAUUGUACAGGCAACAUUAUCAGGGGAUGAUCGGGAUGACGCUCUACGCUUUCGGUUUCGUUCCUUACACCAACUCUACAGCAGAUGUAGCGGCGGUCAAGAGGGCCAAGGAGUUCUUCCUUGGAUGGGUCGCGAAUCCGCUGGUAUAUGGAGACUACCCAGAGGUGAUGAAGAGGAAUGUAGGCUCCAGACUUCCCAGCUUCACGAGCGAGGAAUCGAAACUAGUGAAAGGAGCCUUCGACUUCCUCGGCAUCAUACACUACAUGAAGAUGCCCGUCAGAGACAAUCCCAGCAGUCUGAAUUUGGAGCUCCGAGACUUCAAUGCCGAUGUUGGCGCGCAAAUGAUGGUGGACCUGGACAGUUUUUCGGUUGGGUUCCCUGUGACGCCGGGGGCUCUGGGAGACAUUCUGCAGGACUUCAAGACGCUGUAUGGAAACCCUCCUCUUUACAUCCAUGAAAAUGGACAACUCGAGAGACGCAAUGCAACUCUGAAGGACACAGGCAGAGUGGAGUAUCUUCGUCUCUACAUUGGCGCUGUGUUGGAUUCCAUUAGGAAUGGGUGCAACGUCAAAGGCUACUUCAUGUGGUCGCUGUUGGACGUGUUCGAACUGUUGGGCGGAUUCCAGACUGGGUUCGGAUUGUAUUACGUGGAUUUGGACGACCCAAAUCUGACCCGAUAUCCUAAGCUCUCUGCCCACUGGUAUUCCCGUUUCCUCAAGGGAGCCACCGUCGGAUCCGCCGACGAUUUCAGUAAUGACGCAUUUGAUGAGCUCGCCGCCGGCAAUUUCAGCCACCUAAUCACCACCCGCUCUCCACGUCGGCGUUCUACUUCCGGCUAGCCACACACAAGAUUCUGGAAGGUUACUCCGUAGUAGCACCCGGUAUUCUAUACCGCGUAUGUACGUUUCUAAAGCGUACAAGAGUAUGUUCGAUGUAAAGAAUAGAAAAUGAACAUGUUUGAAUGUAAGCAAUAUAAAAUAAAAUCUCCAAAAUAAAAAGCCAUCCAGCGACCAGCGUACAUGUACAGAAAACUGAGUUGCUGAACCAGCUUUUGUCAAACUGGAAGUUGAUCUGUGGAUUCUUUCGUUGACUGUAAAUUUUCAAGGGUUGAAAUGGAUAUUCUGGUGAGGUAUUUAGGUACAAAUCUCGCAUAACGUAGCAUUUGAGCAGAAAUACUAUGUUUGACUGGAAAAAAGAAACAUAUAGUAAUUUUGGUGUGUUUUUUUUUUCCUGAAUUGCUAAAUGUCACCCUUAAAAUUGCCAACGGUCGCCCUUACUCUAAUGAUAAAUGACUUAUAUACCCCAAUAAAAUUUCAAAAUUUAAACAAACCAAACAAUCCCUAACCCCUCAAGCUGAACCCCUCAUCUGCCUUCUUCGCGAAUCCCUCUCGACGCACCAGUUCGUCGGCGUCUUUCCCGCCGUCGUCGUCGCCCAUUCUCUAACGAAAUUUCCAAAAAAACGCUCAACCUAAGGCAAGUUUCGGUUGGUCCAUGGUGCAACCGCAACUCAUUUGCGGUUGGUCCAUGGUGCAACCGCAACUCAUUUGUGGUUGCACCAUGGACGAUAGCAGAGCCAUGUGUAGUUCAUAGUGAGCCAUGUUCCUAACUUCGCGUACUGCUCACACGUAAUUAUAUAUCAUCAUGUUAACGUAUAUGAUAGCAGAGACCCCGUACUCGUCUCAAUAGCUUGAGUAGUUGAUCAUAGAUGCAUGUCUAGCCAUAUGGAUAAUAUUAUAUCAUUAUGUCACACACCCUCUUAAACGAAGAAAAAAAAAACUAAGCACAAUCAGCUUGAAGUUUGCGUACACUGGUAAUAAGUAAUAACUAAUAACCCAAGUUUUUUUUAUUCCAACUCUUGAUACAGUGUUCAUGAUCGUUUUAAAUGCAAGACCUAUUAAGUAUGUUAAAUGCUACGAUAUUAUAUGAUUGUCUGAAUAAUUCGAAUUAUUGAAACAAGUUCAAACGAUUAUCAUCCCUUCACAAACAAUACCCUUUCUGUAUAAUAAAAAAAAUUAAUUCCAAAUAUUUUUCAAUAACCCAAGUGAUAUUGCAACGAAAUCAUAUUUUUUGGCAUAAGCCACUAUCCAUGCCAGUUUCAUAUAUAUUCAAAUCAUGAAAAUUGUCCAAUGUCAAGAGCAGAGAAUAAUAGGUGGAUGAAUGUGAUAGACAAAAUUACACAUUUGUAGCUAUACAAAUAAAUAAUGGAAGCUUGCCAUAUGCUCAAUUAACUUUAAGAAGAAGAAGAAGAAGUAACUAUAGAUUUAUAAUUGGACCUGUGAUGGCGGCCAUGUGCGCCACUUGGCAGCAGAACCAGAGACAGGGAAGAUGAACAUGAACAUUUAGUAUUAUUAUUAUUAUUAUGUAUAAAUGGAGGUUAGGAUGCUUAAUUAAUAAUUAGGCAGGUGAAGAUUCUGCAGAACAAUAUAAUUCAUAUCAAACUGUUUCCAUGGAUCUCUGCCAUUUAACUAGUUAAUUAAUGAUAUUAUUAAUUACUUGGUACUUCAUUAACUAAUUAAUAUAAUUGGUUCUGUUUCUAUCCAUAGCCCAGCAUUGAUUGUUCUGUUCGUUUGUCCUGUUCUUAAUUUCCCACCUGAAAAUGUCAGCAGAACGGUUCAUUGAACCCUGCAGAGCUACUCGAUUGAAGAAGUAAAGGCUCCCCAUGGUUGUUGAAUUAGUUUCUAAGUAAGUAAUUAAUUACACAGUUAAGCUAUAGUUAAUCAAUAUCUGUCGGACAGUGAUUAAGGUGAUGAGCUGUUAUGUUGAACAGUUGAGGGAUACCAACCAUGAACGGUUCAUCCUUCAUAUUAACUUGUUAGAUGAGGAAAAUAAGUACAACUUCAUGUUUGAAAAUGGUUAGCUACCAAAAAAUGAAAUCGAACCGUUAAAGAAGUUUUACCGAUUUUCAAUGUGUUGAAAACCGAUAAGCCCUUUAAAAAUAUGAUUUGAAGAAACCGAUAAAAGCGAACCGAGGGAGGGGUGCACUAAAUAGUUAAACGUUACAAACUCAUGCAUCACCCCCUAUAAAAAAAAUGGACUUUGAUUUCUUACCAAUUCUUUUUUUUUCAACCAAAUCCAACAAGCAAACGAUCCCUACAUUCCUAAUAGGGUAAUGUCUAUUUUUUAUCCAAAUCUUUUUCCGAUUCUUUUAUAUUAUCCAAACCUAUUAAAAUGCUAUUAAUUAGCCAAAUCUUUCGUAAUGCAUCGAAAUAUUAUCCAUUUUUACGUUAUCGUUAAUAAUUUUAUAACUCUUUUCUUAGUUAAAAUACUAAAAUUUUGGAAUGCUGAUAUUCAUGUGUCUCUUCCAAGUCAGUAUCAUGUUGCCAAGUCAAUAUUACUAACAAAAUUGCUAACUGAAAGUUAACAUGUGGCUAAUUCUUAGUAUUUCGAUAGGUUUGGGUAAAAUAAAAAAUCUGAAAAAGAUUUGGAUAAAAAAUAUACAUUACCCUUCCUAAUAUUUUGAUAUAUUUACACCCACUAUUUAUUGAAAAAUGACUAAUUAGUUUUCCAUAAUGAAACACAACAUCCGAGGUUUGUUAAAUUUCCCUUUCAAAGAUACAGUUAAAAGACACGAAAAUCCAAAAAACAUGGCAGCCAGCCCCACCCUUAUGAUUAUUGUUCCCCACAAUUUUUGAACAGUAUUCUUUGUUGUUUUUUUCCCCUGUAAGAAAAAGUCUUCAAUUACACUUUAAAUUAUAAAUAUUCCCCAAAUAAUUGGGACAAAACACAGGGACCCAUGCAUCUGAUCUCAUUUAUCAUUCUAAGGUUUCUCUUUCUCUAUUAUGUAUUUUCCAAACAAUAAUCUGACUUUUGAUUGUUUUAAAAGCAAUCAAGAAAGGAAAGUGAGGAUAAUAUUUAUCAUUGUGUGGAUUAGGGCAUUAGGCUUUCAUACACAAUUUUAAGGUUAAAAAAAAAGUGGAACAAUCACUAGAUAUGAAUUGAUGACAGCAUUAUACUGUAAUACAGUCUCAAAUAGGUUUUGAGAUUAGGAUUGGAAGGGUAGAUUUAUAGAUAGAUUCCAACAUUGUGCUCCGACUCGCAUAGCAUUUCAACCACAAAUAACACGCAUAGACGCAUACGAGGUCGUUUGAAUGAGUAAUUCAAACAAGUCAUUUUUUGAAUGAACCGUGUAGGUUAUAAACAUACUUUAUUUUUGUGCUGCGUGCACUCAUUCAACAUGCAGUGAUGUAAUUAGGUUGAAACUAUGAGGGGUUAUAGCUCUCUCCAACUUUCAAAUGCAUGUAAGAUUUGUAAUAAAUUUAGAAAAUAGAACACUUGGUACGAGUUUAGCCCCCUCCUUAAUCAACACAUAUCAAAUCAGCCAUUCAUUCGUCUUUCUUACUCUGCAACGGCCAACAUGCCAAUUACACAAGACCGGUUAGCUUCCUAACCUCUCUAUGGGGUUGGAAAAAUGACACCCCCUAUUAAUUAUGGAAUUAAAUUUGUGUUGCAUUUAAUAAUCUUUGGAAAUUAAAAAUACAGAUUAAUUACAUUCAUUUUUUUUAACUACCAUUGCACUGAUACAACUAUCAUUGCACAUGUACACCGAACUCAUAUUAAUUACAUUCUUUUUUUUGAACUACCAUUGCACCUGUACAUUGAUAUCAUUGCACUAGUAAAAUUACCAUUGCACUAAAAAAAAAGGAAAGUGAAUAAUAUGGGGGUUUUAUUCAGACAGAUUAUUAAAUGCAACACAAAUCAAUUACCUUAAAAGUCUAUAAUUAAUAGGGGGUGCCAUUAUUUCAACCCUUUUAAGGAUAGUCAUGCUAUCUCACCCCAAUUACACAUAUCAAGCCAUAUACGAAUCAGAACAUAAUAAUGGAUUUUGAGUCGAAAGUCCAAUUCACUCCUGGGAGAACUUUAGUGAACAACAUAACUCAUUAGAAUCGUGAAACAUAAUUUAAAAUUUAGUGACUUAAAUGAAAUUUACCUUACAUGUAUUAUUUAAUAAUCUUACAUUUAAGUAUAUAUAACUCGUUAAAAAUCUAGGCUCAUCUCAUUCGUUUAGGGAUGUCAAUUUGAACCCUCCAUGCUGGGUACUACCCGACUUGACCCGUGACAAGGCGGGUAUUACCCGACUAGCAUUAGCAUGGGGCGGGACAUGGGUAUCUAUUUCUGACCCGUACUGCCUCGCCCCAUCUCAUUCUUACUCUAUUCUCUCUCAAUUUCUUAUAAUAAUUCAUAUCUAUUCAU